AUGGAUGCUUUACAGACUUCAUCGCGUGGAAAUGAUCUCGGGCCAAUUUUGAAACUCAAUAAAUGUGCACCGUGGCUUAAGACGGAUAAACUUCACUCUGUUAGAAUACUAGAAGGAUUACAAUCUCAACGCAACAAUGAAGAUUGUGAUAUUAGAUUUGAAACAGAUGACGUGACAAAAGAAAAUGUACAGGUCUUAUUACCGGCUGCAAACAUCUUGCAGUUAGAUUUCGUAAGUGCUGCAUGUGCUAUGUUUUUGCAAAAACAACUGGAGAGCGUCAUAGCUGAGUAG